CAGCGAGUCUACUAUCAUGGUGUGCAUCGAAAUGUAGUGGCCAGCAAUGUUAUCAGUUAAUGUGAAAGAAUUAACGAAUGAAAUAUUCACGUUAGCUUCCAUGGCAAGCUAACGAUAAUUGUUUCUGCUUUUUGGUUUGAACACCAUAUUGCCUGCUACAUUCGCUUCAGUAAGCAAGUAAGCGUCAGUCAGUGUUAACGCCAUGGCAAAGGUUGUGCUCACGCUAGUUCUGCUGUUUGGCACCGUUUUUGGGUGUUGGGCUCAAAUGGAAAACUUUGUACGCCCUGUAGAAAUGGGUGAAUAUUCGUCGGUCGUAUUUGUGAGCACUCCACGGGAUCAACAGUGUAUUGGUAUAGUGAUCAAUGCGAACCAUGUCCUAACGUCCGGUACAUGCGUUAUGACGAACCAGGCAGCUAGUAUAUAUCCGCCCCGUUUGGUACAAGUUAUUGGUGGCAACCUGUUACCCUACAACCCAGGACCGACUCGACAGAUCCGAACUGCGCAGCACAUUUUUGUACAUGAAAACUUUCGUGUUCGUCCAAAUGAUAACAACAUUGCCAUUAUUCGCCUUGCUGCACCUUUCCAUUUGCCGAGCAAUGCCAUCGAGGAGGCCCACAUCCGAAUGCGGAUCGUACCGGAAGGUUAUCAAUGUGAUGUAGUAAGAGUGGCUGAAACAGGGACUAGAUUAUUACUAGCGUAUAAUGUCUUCAUACGUAAUCGUAACCUCUGUGAUAGUUGUUGUUUCCAGCUAAUACGAAACGAAGAGAAUUUAUGCGUCGAAACUAUAACAGACGACAACAUCGGCCUUGUGCAGGGCGAUGCAAUGUUCUGUGACGGCGAGUUAACAGCAAUAGCAGCCACGUCAGUUUCUCAAGGUCAAACUCGACGUUUUCACUUUUCACAAAUUCGAUUCUACACACACUGGAUACAACAACAGUUAACUCGUACCCACCCAAUGCCGGUGGGAUGGAAUCCAAACGAAUUCUAAAUUAGAUUUUCCAACGUUGUUGAUAUUGGCCGUACAAUGUGUGUGUGCGCGUGUGUUGGUGUGAACACAGCAAGCAACCGUUUGAAUAAAAAGAAAACUACUAACAAUUUAUUAAUUCUUCAACGUUUGGCAUCUAAAAGCGAAAAUACGUGAAUAUGAAUAAAUUUUAUCCUGCAAAACUGCAAAAUGUUGUAGAGUCUUAGUAAUUAACCUUGGGAACAUAAACAUGAGCCAAAUGAGGAAUGAUAUAUACGGAUAUAUGGGAUAUUGAGAUGAUGAAUAGCAAAGCGAAUGCUUGCAAGAAUGCAAGAACCACAAAACGAUAUUCUUUGAACAGACAGAGAAACACUAAAUGAUGCUAAAUUUCCACUAAAG